GCUCCAGAAGUGGCUGCCUCACACUAUCACAACAAUGACUCUUUUCACGUUCGUUUAACCCCCAGCUCUGGGACUGAGAGUCAGUUUGCUCGCUUCAGGAUCCUGUAGACACAUCUUGACGUGUGUCGACAUGGCGGCGCCGCUGCUGGAGUUCGAGACGGAGAUGUUUCUGAGCCUGCUGGGCUGCGACGGGCUGCUGGUGGUGGCGGAGGGGAUGGGGGUGGAGCGCGUCCUGCUGCAGUUCAUGCGGCUGCACUCGGAGAAGGGCAGCCUGGUCCUGCUGCUGAACACGACCAUCCCUGAACAGGAGUAUUUCACUGAGCAGCUGCGGGUAGAAGGCGUGAGCCACCUGCCCAGGACAGUGACCAGCGACGUCCAGAGUGCGGAGCGUUACAGUGUUUACACGGAGGGAGGGGUCCUGUUUGUGACCAGCAGGAUCCUGGUGGUGGACUUCCUCACGGAUCGCAUCCCCGCUCAUCUUAUAUCAGGCAUCCUGGUUUAUCGCGCCCAUAAAAUCAUUGAGUCAUGUCAGGAGGCCUUCAUACUUCGUUUGUUCAGACAGAAGAACAAGACGGGCUUCAUAAAGGCCUUCACCGACAAGGCCACGGCGUUCUCCUCUGGCUUCUGUCAAGUGGAGCGUGUCAUGAGAAACCUAUUUGUCAAGAAGCUCUUCCUAUGGCCCAGGUUUCAAGCAUCUGUGAACGCAGCUCUGGACAAGCACAAGCCAGAAGUGGUAGAGCUGCACGUGUCGUUGACGCCAGCUAUGAGGGCCAUCCAGAGCUCCAUCAUGGACAUCAUGAGCGCCUGUCUGAAGGAGCUGAAGCGCUACAACCCCACCCUGGAGGCGGAGGACCUGUCACUGGAGAACACGCUUGGAAAUGAAUUUGAAAAGACUCUCCGUCAUUACCUGGACCCACUGUGGCAUCAGCUGGGAGCUAAAACCAAGGCCUUGGUUCAGGACAUAAAGGUGCUGAGGGUUCUCCUCCUCUACCUCACCCAAUAUGACUGCGUCACCUUCCUCAAUCUGCUCGAGUCCCUACACUCCAACCAAAAGAUCUUCGGCUCUAAUUCAGGUUGGCUGUUCUUGGACUCCAGUACGUCCAUGUUUGGGAACGCCAGGAGGCGAGUGUACCGCAUUCCUGAAAGCAAAAAGAAACUCAAAGUAGGAGCAGAGGAGGAGAAAAAGAAGUCCUCUUCCACUUCAGCAGUGAAGCGGGAGCUGGUGCUGGAGAAGAGCCCGAAGUGGGACGCCUUGACUGAGGUGCUGGAGGAGAUCGAGAGGGAGAACAAGAGCUCUCAGGAGGAACCAGGCCGAGUGCUGAUUUGUGCCAGUGAUGACCGGACUUGUGCCCAGCUGCAGCAGUACAUCAAGCACGGCUCUGAUUGGCUGCUCAACCGGCUGUACACCCGCACGGUUGGUAAACGGGACUCUGGAGCGGCUUUUGAGCUGGACUCACACAAAAAGGAAAAGGCCUGGGUCAAGAAAGGAGCAAAAGGAAAGGAGCCUCUGCAGAAAAAGAGCGCAAAGGCCACAAAAACGAAAAGCAGACCUUCUCUGACGCUUACCCAGAUGGUGGGUAAACCGGAGACGGGUGAAACGGCAGCGAUUGGCAGCAGUGGAGACGAGGACAAUCUGAUAGAUGACGAUGAGGAUGAAGAAGAGGAGCUGAAGUUGGAUCUGUCAUCGGAUGCCUACUAUGGUGUUCUGAAAGAGCCGCUGACUGUUAUCCAUCCCCUGAAAGGCUGUACCGACCCUCACAGCCUGACCCGAGUGCUGCACGAGGUGGAGCCGAGCUUUGUGGUUCUGUACGACGCUGAAGUGAGUUUUGUGCGUCAGCUAGAGAUCUACAAGGUUAACCGGCCUGGAAAGCCACUUAGGGUGUACUUCCUUAUCUACGGUGGCUCAACCGAAGAACAGAAGUAUCUGACCGCACUAUCGAAGGAAAAGAAAGCCUUUGAACAUCUCAUCAGAGAAAAGGCUACUAUGGUCAUCCCAGAGGAGAGGGAAGGGCGAGAAGACACAAAUCUCGACCUUGCCAGAAAUCUGGAGCCUGCCAAUGCCACAACUAACUCCCGCAAAGCAGGGGGUCAGGAGCAGCCCAAAGAACCGUCCUGCGUCAUCGUGGACAUGCGCGAGUUCCGCAGUGAGCUGCCAUCCCUACUGCACCGCCGUGGGCUCGACAUCGAACCCGUCACUCUGGAAGUGGGCGACUACAUUCUGACGCCAGACACAUGCGUUGAGCGCAAGAGCGUCAGUGACCUGAUCGGCUCGUUGCAGAGCGGCCGCCUUUACACUCAGUGCCUCUCCAUGACCCGCUACUACAGGAAACCGGUGCUCCUCAUUGAGUUUGACCCAGCGAAACCGUUUUCCUUAAUGGCCCGGUCCGAUUUCCGUCACGAGAUUUCAUCAAAUGACAUUUCUUCAAAACUGACCUUACUCACCCUGCACUUCCCCCGCCUCCGUAUUCUCUGGUGCCCGUCGCCACAUGCCACAGCGGAGCUGUUCCUCGAGCUGAAGAAAGGGCGACUUGAGCCCAACGCUUCUGAGGCCCAGGCAGUCACGGCUGAGUCCGACAUGGUGGCUGAGUCGGCAGAACUCUACAAUCCCGGACCUUAUGACUUCCUUUUGAAAAUGCCGGGUGUCAACGUGAAAAACUUCAGGACUCUCAUAAAAAAUGCAGACAGCCUGGCAGACCUCGUCAAACUGAGCCAGGAAAAGCUCGCAGAAAUACUUGGGAACGCCAGCAAUGCAAAGCUGCUGUAUGAAUUUCUGCAUAACGUUGCUGAUGUUGCUCCUCCGGUGCAGAAGGCCAAACAUACAUGAUGAGGUAUUAAUAUAUUCAUUUACAUGCCUUGACAUAAUGAGUAAUUUAGCAUUUUUAAAAUGGGAUGAAUGUGGAGUUCUGCAGGACAAUAGAGACUUGAAGUAAAGCCUUGAAUAUUUAUAUGUCUUCAUUAAAAAGUUAAUUGCAUAAAUUUGUGUGAGAAAUGAACUUAGAUCCUGCUGAUAUUUCUAUUUAUUUCGUGAAUGAUUUUUUAUAAUGUAAGGAUAAUAUUUAAAAUAUUUUUCUGAGAUUUUUUUUCCCAAUUAGAAUCAUAAUUUCUUUGUAAAAUAUAAUUAAAAGUAAUUUCAAAAUACAUAUUUUUACAGCUGAGCUACAGUUGAGACUAAUUCGUUCAUGAAUUUGUAUAUUACUUUUUUGAUUUGAUAUUGCCAUAAAUGGGGCUAUUAUAGAAUUUAAGUUGGUUGGGGUUCGUGAAACUUGUACAUCAUUUAUUUAUAUUUAUAAGGUCUUAGACUAUCAUAAGACUCCGUUCAAAAGAUGUGCUUUCAUUCUGCGGGGAUAUUUCAUAGACAACUAUUAUAAAGAAAGAAGCAUAACAUUAUACAACUUCAUUCAAUUUAUUUAAAGUCCUCCUCCUCACCUGUAAAGUCCUGAAUGGUCAGGCUCAAUCCUACCUCAAAGAACUCAUAGUCCCCUACUAUCCUGCUAGACCACUGCGUUCACAGAAUACAGGACUGCUUGCGAUUCCUAGUCUCCAAGAGCAGAAUUGGAGGCAGAGCCUUCAAAUUUCAGGCCCCUAACCUUUGGAAUAAUCUUCCAGUCUUGGUCCGAAAGGCGGACACACUGCCUUUCAGAGUAGGCGUAAAACCUUCCUCUAUGAAAGAUCCUAUGCUUAGAGUCAGCUAGUUACUGUGUUUUUUUUUAAUGUUUUGCUGUUCU